GAACAAGACCCACUGGAUUGUGUCUAGAUUGAAAAGAGAGAUUCAACGCAGUUUAAACAAGCGAAGAAGGUUGGAUUCCUGGUGACAGAAAAUUGAUAGCGCUUCGUUGCAGAUCCUGUCGAGGCUUUGCAAAAUAAUCCAACAUUUGAUUGCUGUUGUUGAUGUUGUUGAUGUUGUUGCGAAGAACCCACAAAUCAUUUUUCUUAAGGGGGAUUGUGCAUGUGAUGGGGUAUAAUGGGUUAAUUCCUCCUCGCAAUGAUGUUGCAGCAAUAAUUUUGAGCCCGCAGUUAUUGCACGGCUUCUUCAGAGACAACUGCUGCUGCUGUUGUCUCUAAUUUCUUUUCUCUUUCUUCUGUUUUCUUGUAUUAUUUUUAUUUAUUUAUUUUGUAAGUGGGUUUCGUCGCUUGGUCGCAUAUCCCUUGCCAUUAAAUUCCGAGAUUGGGUCGCGCGUCGCGCAGUGAUUCACGAGUGCUUGUCCUGCGUCGUUGUCACCCACGAGAUUCCUCUGCUUGCUCUCUCGGUGACCCACGAAACCAACAGCUGCAGAAUCAGAUCCAGUCGUGGGAACGAGAGGGAAAGAGCGGUCGGAGUUUGUAAGAUGGAGGAUGAAGAUUGUUGGGGACAGAUCGGGGUUUGAAACAGCGUGAAGGGGUGUCGAUGUGGGGUCCAGGUUGGAGGAUUGCAGCCACUUCUCCCUUGGAGGUUGUGCAGGUUUAACGACGCAAGCUGUAAUUCCCUGAUAAGGCUAUGCAUCUCUGUCGAGUGUAGUUCGGCAUCAAUUUAUGCAAUUCUGCCUCGCAAAAAUGAGCAACAGAAUGGGUCCCGUGCAUGUGUUGUUACUUGUUUUGACUAUCAUCAACAGCCCUGGCGUUUUCAGUGCUGGUUUUCCUAAUUGGCGAUUGGGAAGAAGCUUUGAACAACACUUAUCGGGUGAAUCGAUUGACUAUAAAAAAGACGACGUAGAGAAGCAGGAGUUUUUUGAGGUCACAAAACCCGUUGACUUACCUCAGGGCGCUCACAAGGUUUGUUCCCAAAUCCUGUUGCAGCACGUAUUCGGCAACACGAUCAAUGAACCUCCUACACUGGCCCAGUACCAGCCGCCGCAGGAUUGCAUCAGUGAGGACUGGACCGCGAUCGUCUUGAGAUGGGAAGCUACAUCAAGGGGACGCCAGUUUGAUCGUAUUUCUGCCGUAUGGCUCGGCGGGGUGGAGGUGUUCCGAACGUGUACUGCUGAGCCGACUGCACAAGGAAUUGAAUGGAGCGUGGAGAAAGAUGUGACUCCGUUCGCGUCCGUCUUCAAAGCACCCCAGUUGCUCGCUGUCAUGCUCGCCAAUGUCGUGAAUGAAAAAUACACAGGGCUGUUCAAUGUGACACUCUCAGCUCAUUACUACUCUGUUGGGGAAGCCGAACAUUCCCGGGAGAGCUAUGGCGGAGUCGCGGACUUGAUUCUACCAUUCGCCGAGUCGUCACCUCUUAACGGUGGACAUUGGUUCCAGCUCCAAAACGAGAGUGACUUGCGGACACAAGAGAUCAAAAUUCCGCGAAAUGCAUACAAGGCUGUGCUUGAGGUCUGCGUGUCCCCUCACGGCUCCGACGAAUUCUGGUACACCAAUCCGCCAGAUGACUACCUCAACGCUAAUAACCUCACUGAAGAAAUUCCAGGAAAUGGCACUUUCCGUGAGGUUCUCGUGUCGAUCGAUGGUCUCCUUGCGGCUAUGGUUAACCCAUUUCCGGUGCUUUACACGGGCGGCGUGAAUCCUUACUUCUGGCGCCCCAUUUCUGCCAUUGGUUCCUUCGCUCUUCCCUCCUACAACGUCGAGGUAACGUCAUUUCUCGGCAAGCUCGUCGAUGACCAGAACCACACAUUCAGCAUCACUGUCACGAAUGCAAUACCCUACUGGCUUGUCUCGGCAAAUUUACAUCUCUGGCUGGACCACUCCACAAAUGCCACAACAGGCGAACUCUUCGAACACUCUGCACCUGCUCUCACAUCCCACAUCAUGUCCAAAUUUGAAGGAUUGAACGGCACCUUCCACAACAAAGCCUCAAGGGAGCUCUCCUACAAAGGCUACCUAAAGUCAUCCUUCGGCAACCUCACAACAACCACCUCCUAUAUCUCUCACUUCUCCAAUUACCUCAAAUACACCGAUGACGGCCUCUGCAGCACGAUCAACCAAAACAGCAAGAUGGAUAGCACUGUCAUUGUGAAAGCCGAGGCGCGAGACUUAGUGUACGAGCAUCGAUCCUAUGCUUUCCCCCUCCAACUCUUCUACGACCAAAUCGAAUAUCCGAAUAAGACGACCUUUGUGGAAGCUGGAAUACGCCAUGGAUGGAGGGGAGAGCAAGAGCGGCAGUCCAGCAUUGGCAGCGGGCAAAGCUCCUUCAGCAGAUUGGACAACAAGCAGCAUUCGAAAGGGCAGAUGUUCAUUCCAACUGAGGGGGGAGUUAUCGGGUAUGCAUCUACCGAGCAAUGGUAUGCUUACCACGGUACCGAUGGUUGUUACUGGAGGUAUGUGGGGGCGAGCAAUUAUACGUUCCUUUAUGACGAUUCUGGUACACUUUGCACCAGUUUACUUAGCUAGCCAUUUCAUCUAUUUUUUUAGUAGUAGAGUUGACUAGUUAGGUGAUUUCAAAGGUUUCAGAGUACAAUGAAAAGAGUUAAUUUGACGGGAAAGAAAGGAUUCUGGCGGUGCCACGAAUCCCUGGCGAGUUUCAUGAGGAAAAAUCUCCAUGGAAGGGUGAUCACUUUCCUAGACAUGGUUGAAGGAUUGGAGACAUGAAACGUAGUCGUCGUUGUUGUUGACUUGGCAAAAUUUUAGAGUAUUUGCCUGUGGACUUGAACCCUUUCUUCUUGCCGACCGUUGUUACACUGUCCUACUGUUGCACCGACUUCUACCAGUCACUAGUUCGCUCUAAAUUGGAAUCCGCUAUUGCAUUUUCGGCAUCAAUAAGAUUCUCUACAUGGGGGUUUUGUACAGCUCACUUUUGCACUUCAGAUUAGCGGGAUGUAGUGAAUUUGAUUAUAAUUCUAGAAAGCAGUGAUAGGGACCGUUGAAUGUUACGAGGCAUUUUUCUAUGUAGGAGACAUUCACGGCAUUUAUCUGAUAUACAGUUGAAUAAGACCUUCACAAAAGACUGCGACGGGUGGGAUUCUACCCGGAGCUCCUUAACUAUA